AUGGAGUUGUUCUGGUCUUGGAUGCUUGUGUUGUGUUCCCUGUGUGUGGAAAUCUCAUGGACUCUACCCAUCGACCGGGAUCAGUGGCUGAGGUCUGGGGACGUGGAGCUGGCUGAGAACUAUCUCACAAAGUUUUACCACCUGAACCCCAGAGGCAGUAGCAGACUGCGGGCAAGAAGAACCAGAUCCACAUCAGAUAUGGAGGACAAGAUCAGGCAAAUGCAACAUUUUUUUAGUCUGACAGAGUCCGGACACUUGGAUCAGCGUACACUGGAUGUGAUGAAGGAGGCCAGAUGUGGUGUUCCAGAUGUGGAAAACUUCAGCUUUUACCCAAAUAAGCCUAAAUGGAAAAGCAACACGAUCACUUACACGAUUGGCAGAUACACCCCAGACAUGAAGAGAGAGGAUGUGGAAAAGUCCUUCCGUUUAGCUCUGAAGAUGUGGAGCGAUGCAACUCCAUUGAAGUUUAUCAAAGUCAACCAUGGCAAAGCUGACAUAGUCCUGUCCUUUGCUCGUGGAACUCACGGAGACUUCUUUCCCUUUGAUGGACCCCGGGGUGUGCUGGCUCAUGCCUUUCAGCCAGGAGAGGGCAUAGGAGGAGACGUGCACUUUGAUGAGGAUGAAACAUGGGCUACAGGGAGCCAAGGUUACAGCCUUUUUGCAGUUGCAGCUCAUGAACUUGGCCACUCUCUGGGUUUAACUCACUCACGAGACCCCUCUGCCAUCAUGUAUCCUAACUACAGACGUCACAGCCGCACACAGUACUCUCUGUCUAAAGAUGACAUACUUGGAAUCCAAACACUGUAUGGCAAACCCAAAGAAAACAAAAUGAUUCCCAAAAAAUGUGACCCCAGCUUCUCUUUUGAUGCAGCAGCUUUGAUCGGAAAUGAAAUAGUUUUCUUUAAAAACAGGUACAUGUGGAUGAGGACAACAUGGACAACCUAUUGGAAUCGCCUAAGAGAGGGCCCCAGUAGCACAUACUUACCCAGCGUCCAUUCUCACAUCGAUGCCGCUUAUGACAUCCCUGCCAAAGGCGUGGCGUACAUAUUCACUGGUCAUAAGUACUGGGUGGUUCAACAGCUUAAGAUGAAAAGUCAUGCUGGCUCCAUCUAUGAGUACGGCUUCCCCUCCAGUGUCAGGCAGGUUGAUGCUGCUGUACAUGUCAGUGAAUAUGGAAAAACAAUAUUCUUCACUGGGGAGUUGUAUUACAGGUAUGAUGAGCAAAAGAAAAAGAUGGACCCAGGCUUCCCCAGACACAUCCAAAAGGACUGGCUUGGAAUCCCAAGAGGGGUCAACGCUGCGUUUAAGUUAAAUGGCAGCAUUUUCAUCCUGAGUGGAACAAAAUCCUACCAGUAUGACUUCAGAAAAAACAGAGUGGUGAAGACGAUUUCAGCAAACUCUUGGCUUGGAUGUUAAUAAUGAACAAUGGUGGGCCAGUUAUUUAGCAUGCUUUAUCCAACACACAGUAUGAUAUUAUUACACUAAUUUACACUUUAACUAACUCAGUAUUUUUAAACAUUUGCCCAUCUGUGUCUCUGUCAUGUACUAUAGAACCUAUAAUGUACAAAUGAAAUGCAUAUUAUUUUAUUUAUUGAACCAGAUGCAUUCACUCCACUCUCACUUCUACUUAAUAUCAUUUCAACCUUAACCCUUAAAGUCCUAGAGCUAUUUGUGUGGCAAAUUCAAAAUAUUUUUUUUCUCUACAUGUAACCUUUCCCAAGAGAUUUAUCACCAUUUAUUAUGAUAUUAACCUAUUCAUUUUACAUUUUUUUCAGUGACAAUUGGGAAUUUUCAUGUAGAUGUUACUGAAAGCUCAGUGUAAGUUGAAGGACAAUAUAAUAAAACAUUAAAAUUGAAGCAAAACUAAUGUUUAGAGCUAAAUAUAUAAUUCACUGAACAUAAAACAAGUGUCUGUAACCACUUUCAUUUGUCAAACUACAUCCAGAUGAUGACAGU